GAUAUACAUGGCUCUCAGGUAGAUCCUCUAAUAUGUGAGUACUACUGCUGUAAAACCCUUGUAAACAACGUGGAAAAUUCGCGUGAGAUAUAAAUUUGUCUGCUUUGGAUGCUCCAAUGGAUGCAGUUUAUAGAGUUGCGAUAUCUGUUUUAGGUGCAGAGACACAAAUUUGUGAACUUCAUCCAUUUACUUUUUUUCACAAACUUACCCAUUUUUGAAAAUUUUAUUAAAAACAUUCAGGCCCUAAAUCAAAAUUAUGCUUCCGAUAGUUACUAGAAUCUAACUUUCUCUCUCGAAUGGAAAAAAAAAUUCAUUAAAAUCGGCCCCGUGGUUAUCUCAGAAAAGUGUUUCUGCGUUUUACGCUUAUUUGAAUAGGCGGCGUCGGAGUUAGGCCCGUGCUAAAGCUUUCUCUUAAGCUUUCCCUGCAGCACACCAGUUGUAUAUUGUACACAUUGUCUAAAUCACGACCGCCGACCCUCAUCGUAGAUAUAGGUGCUGAUCCUUGGGAUACACUGGCACGCACCCGCUCAGGGGGAUUGGCCAAGAGUCUGAUGGGUCAAAGUCCAAAAUAAGAGAACGCGUGCAUAAAGUAACAACGAAGAAGAAGAAGAAGAAGCUCGAAACCCCGGCGUCAUGCGUCAAGGAAAGUCGUCCAGUUUCCAUCCAUCUGCGCCAACGGGUUCCGCAAGCCGAGUUUCUUUGGACCUGGUUGGUCCUGAUGAGAGCAUCUCGACGAUGCCUCCCGACAUGGGACCUUCCUGUUCGCAUCUGGACGCGGCCGAGGCCCGCCAUGAGCUCGACACAGGGCACCGUGCUGAGGCCUCUUCAGCGGCCAGUUCAUCCGCGGUGGCCACAGCAGGCGUCCCUCCGACGACCGGGGCCGACACCUGCGGAAGAGGCCUCGACGGCAACGUGUCCGGCUGGGCGUCCGCAAUCUCCAAGGAGGCCCUCUGGGUGCUGGGCAUCGUGGUGGCGCUGUGCCUGCUGCUCGUGGCGCUCGUCUACCUCAACCUGAGCCACCGGGCGGGCAUGUGAAGACUAUACCACGAAGUGGCCAGCCACACCCGCUUCGUGGGCCUGUCGCGGAAAUUUAAAUUUUGUCCGGAAUUCGUUGGCAUAUUUGCACUUCCUUCUAGGUGUGCGUCUUUUCAUUAUUGCUACCGCUGUUAUAGAUGCGUACACUGUCGGGCAAAAAUUACUGUGAUUUUGCUUUUUAUUGUGCGACCUUUGUAUUCCAUUGUCUCGUUCACUCUCAAUAUGUGAAUUACUCAUAAUGCAUGUUUUUGUUUGAAAAAAAUUUCUGGAUUUUUUU